AUGAAGCUCUCCAUCCUUUCUCCCGUCCUCCUCGCAGCCGGAGCCCUCGCCGCCCUCAAAGACCAUUGCCAAUUCAUCCGCCACAUCCACACUGGUAACAGCGAACACCCGACAAUCGAGUACAACUGCCCGUCUCCGAACCCCGUCGCGUGGCCGUACAGGGCUUGCUGGUACGUCGACCUCGGAAAAUGCUUCAUCAACGACAUGGGCCAAAUCCGCGCCCAGAAGGACGGCGCGUUCAGCAGAAGCUGCAGGGAUUGCACAUUCGACUCGUCCACCGAGAUAAUGCGAUGUCAGUGCGACAUUGGAACGUUUGGAACGUGGAGGUACUCCGAGGUCAACAUCAACGGUCAGCCUAUUGACGCAAGCUGUAGAUUCGGCACUUGA